UCAACAGUUAUAAUUUAAUCUUGCUGGGACACACAGUAGUGUUUGCCGUUGUGGUUGGGUAUGGUUUGUGGCUCACCUGCAGAGGAGGGGUGGAGCAGUGGGAUUAGGAUUUCGUGUCAGGGAAGGCUGGUGGUCACAGCCGGCAAGCACAACCUAACCAUGCCUUCUCUACUCAAGUACUGGGACCUGAAGCAGCUGAAAAGCUGUGCAAGUAGUGGAAAACCUCAUGAAGAAACACAUUUUUCUUGCAACGACGUGUGCGACUGGUCCUUUAUGAUUAUAGCAGAUUAACUAUUAGUAAUUUUCAACAGUCACGUUAGCUGUUUUUAAUCAUUAACAUAGAAACUAGCAGGCAGUCGUUAGAUUAAAAACCCCGAAAAGCAAUAAUUGCUGUUGGGCUGAAUGGGUCACCGAUGGGAUAUGGAGCUGUGGCUGACUGGAUUACAGACGCCUGGAGAACCAGGGACCAUCCUGCUGUCAUAAAGAGACGCUUCACCAGCGUCCUGAUUGUGUCAGGGCUGUCGCCCCUGUUUGUGUGGGCAUGGAGAGAAUCUGCAGGCGUCGUGAAUGGCCCGUCUUUGCUGGUUCUCAUGGGAAUCCGGUUUGAAGGCCUCAUUCCUGCCAUUAUACUUCCUCUGCUCCUCACCAUGGUCCUGUUUCUGGGCCCACUCAUGCAGUUGGCCAUGGAUUGUCCGUGGAGCUUCACCGAUGGGAUCCGGGUGGCCUUUGACCCGUGGUUCUGGAUGUUGUGUGCCAACGAUAUGCGGUGGCUGAGGAAUCAAGUGGUGGCGCCGCUAACUGAGGAGCUGGUGUUCAGAGCAUGCAUGUUGCCCAUGUUGGUGCCCUGUGCUGGUCCUUCUACCGCUAUCAUAACCUGCCCCCUCUUUUUCGGAGUGGCUCACUUCCACCAUGUGAUUGAGUUGCUGAGGUUCAGACAGGGCACUCUGUUGGGUAUUUUCGUCUCUGCAGUGUUUCAGUUUUCCUACACGGCAGUGUUUGGAGCCUACACAGCCUUCAUCUUCAUCAGAACAGGCCACCUGAUUGGUCCGGUACUUUGCCACUCCUUCUGUAACUACAUGGGUUUCCCUGCCAUCAGCACAGCUCUGGAGCACCCUUACCGACUCACUGUCCUCUCCUCCUAUUUGCUGGGGGUCCUCCUCUUCUUUCUCCUUCUGUUCCCCUUCACCGACCCCUCCUAUUACAGCCUCCCAGUCUGCACCCUCACCUCCUUUCCCAGUUCCUCCUGCCUCUCCUGAUCCUUGUCCCACCCUCACAUUUCUACUGUUGUCAAGAAGUAAUUGAGGGUGUUUUUGCUUUUUUGACUUUUUUUUUUUUUCCUCAUUAGCGUUAAGAGUUAAGGUCUGUUGGGCCAACAGUGACGACUCUGUUGCCACAGAGAGGGGAGGAACUCUGUAGACCUGUUCCUCGGUCUGUAGACACUUUGUUUGUCUGUAUUUAUGUGGCACCAGUCCUGUAACUGGUUCUCAUGGUGUGCAGAAGUUAGAGUCGCGUUGCUGAGACUAAGCUGAGAAUAAACUGGGACAGUCGAUUUCCAAAGACAGCUCAUGUGUCCUACACUGCCACACAGAUACAGGAUAGUGCAGCAGAACUGACAUAACACAGAUGAGCAAGUUGUCCUUAGAAUGCUGGUACAUCUCUGUGAUAAGGUACCACAGUAUACUCUGUGAUGGACUCCAUUCGGUCUGACUCGUUUCCUGUGAGUCUGCUUUGCUGCACCUCAUGUUUUCAUUAUUACGAUGGCUGCAAUCACCUCACUGACAUCACAGGACAGGUUGGAAACAAACGUACUUCCUGCUCCUUUCACCUGGCUCGUUGUUUGUGAGAAACAUGACUAAUUUAUAUUUUCAACAAAUAGUCCGUUGUAUAUUGUGUAUGUGCAGAGCGAUUGCUAAGUUGCUCACGUCAGUUGCUAAUUAUUUUCACUUUUGUGCCAGUUUUCCACGGCAGGUUCCAGUUUGUAAUCUAGUCUCUGUUUAAAAUGAGAUUUCUUAGACUUUCCUACAUCGUAUGUGUGCAGACUGAAUAGGACUCAUUUAAUUUAGCUUCAACUAAAUCAAACCCCAACACGUUGGGCAUAAUUUAAGAGAGAAGCAAGCAAUAUGAACACGCUUUACUACAAACAAGAGCUAGUCAGUGUUGCUGAAAUUAGUCACCAGUACAUGCCCAAAGGACAAAAGGUUUGUCGCUGUUUUAACCAUCGUUCGCCAUCAGCAGGCAGAAAUCCAAGCACUCAGGAUUGUUGCUGUUGAUGGCGCCCUCUUAAAUAAACCAGAUUAUGUAAACCACUUAUUUUUACAUCAUAUUGAAGCCAAACAAAUACAUUCAGCAAAAACUGAAUAAAACCCAAGUAAACAGGAAGCUUUGAGUAAAUCUCAGUGACCUCAAGGUCCGAGGUCAGGUUCUCUAACACUCUUGUGAACACAAAAACUAUAUCAUAACUAAGUUGUCUAGGAUUUUCAAAUUGAUGCAGUUGGUGCGUCUACUAAAAAUCCUGAAAGAGUUUGAUUCUCAGUGACCUUGACCUCAGGGUCGGAGGUUUGAUAGCAAAUGUGCAUCUAUAAGUAGCUCUGGCAGCAGCUGGUAUUUUUAAAGAGGGUAGCAUCUGUGACCAGUCAGUGACUAAUAAGAUGAUAAGCCCCAACUGGGAAACUCCUGAAUUGAACCCUGAACGGCACAAUGUGCAAUGUACAGAGGUACAUUUCAUUAAAGUGCAAAGUGGUUUAGAUACUAUGGUUUAACUAUUACCUGACCUGUGCAUGAUUAAGAAUAAUCAUGAGAGAAUAGUUACAACAAUCAAACUCAAGCUUUAGCUGUUUGCACCAGACUUCUGUGACACAACAGUGUGCCCUGACCCUUCUUCUUAGUGACAGACUGGUACAGUCGCCCAGUGUCUCUGCUUGCUUCAUGUCCACUAGUAAGCCAGUCACAGGUUAAAGCUAAUGUGAGACUGGAGAAAACAAACAACUAAACAAAAAACCCAGAAAACUUGAAGACACAAAGCUGCACUCUUACUGUGAAGACAAAGUAGAUUGCUCUGACCUUCAGCAAUAAGUCCUACGUAUGGAAAAGCUUGUAGAUUGAUCUUCAGUCAGUGAAAUAUGUCAUUUUUGUUCGUAUCUAAUUCCAAACAUUUUUCAUGUGGCGUGUUUUGUCUCGGCCUUACCUCCCUGAAGCUGUCAGUCGAGGGCAGCGAAGCACUUUGGGAAAUGCAGAAUGAACUGAUUGUAAGGAACAAAGGACCUUUCAGUUCUGUUUAUCAUCCCGAUGGCAUCAGUCAUCUGGUACUGAAAAAUCAUUUCCCUCGAACUUAUCUCCUUGUCUGCUUCCUACUUUGACUCAUAAGUGCUUGAUUGCUCUGUUCAGUCCAGGCAGGUAAAAAGCGACGUGUACACCUGAUAUUCACUAUUAUAGCAGAAACUUGGAGCAGUGGUGAACCUUCCCAGAGUGGCCAGCCUACUAAUAUUAGACCAAGAGUGCAUCAAUGACUCACCCGGGAGGAAACAAAAGAACCCAGAACAACAUCUAAAGAAUUGCAGGCCUGACUUUCCUCAGUUAAGGUCAGUGUUUGUCAUUGAAGAAUACAAAAAGAGGAAAAAAUGGCCUCUGUGGGAAAGUUCAGAGGUGGAAACGAGGGCUGACCUAAACAACCACAAAUACUUCUGGGAAAAUAGUUUGUGCACCUGUGAGACAAAAAGUCAAGCCUUUUGGAAGACUACCCUCUCAGUAUAUCAGGUGUAAAACUAACACUUAAUUUCCUACAAAUAACAUCAUGCCAACAGUCAAACAUGGGUGGUGGUGGUGGUGUAACUGUCAGGGCUGCUUUGUUGCUUCAGAGUGAGCAACAUGACCUGUAACAACGCUGUUGGUGGUCGAAAACCUUUCAUUGUGUCUGAAUUAAAACAAUUUUGCAGAGAAGAAUGGGCUGAAAUUCCUCCACAACAACGUGAACAACUCUGGUUGUGUAGUUAUUGCUCCCAGUACUACACAACCAGUUACAAUAUUUAGGAGGCACCACUAGACACACCGUCUGCCAGUUUCCAUGUGGCUGUGUGGUGAAAUAUUUGAUUACUUACCCCAGUUUAUUUGUAUAACUGCUGAAUAGAAACAGUGCUGGCCUGGGCGUCAGUUUCACAUUGAUGUUAUGAUCCACCCUGUUCCAAAACACAGCGCCUGAACUUUUUAUUAAUGGGGUUUUUCUUACAUUUUACUGAAAGGUCUAGAAGAUUAUAUUAUUAUUUUAUUUUCCAGUAAUACAAAAUAGUGUGCAGAGUCCAGUAGCCUCGUGUAGGAAGACUUAAUUCAAAUUAGAUCCAGUCUGGUAAUCAAGUCACACACUGUGCUGGGUGAUUUACUCACGAUUCUUUUAGUAAUAUCAAUUUACAAGAGUCAAUCCACAAACAAUGCAUGCCAGUCAAUUCAGUUGCAUUUACAGAUAAGGGCAGGAACGAUUGUCCCCAGCUUGUUAGUAUUUGUUUUGGUCUUCACAACGAGCACUGUAUGGUUUGGGCUGUUGUGUUGGAAGACGAAACGAUGACCCAGGUCCAGUUUUGCUGCUGACUGCUUGAGUUGUGCUUUAUCAUCUUCACAUAUCCUUCUUCAUGAUUCCUUCCUUGACAAGAUUCCCAGUUCCAGACACACUGAAGCAGCCCCGCAGCAUGAUGUUUGACUGCAGGGAUGGUGUCCCUUGGGGUGUGUGGUCUUUGUGACCAGAGCGCUCCAAUUUCAUCUAAUCUGGUCAAAGAGCAUAUUUGCAGCAUGCACCAUUUUUCUCAGGGUUCUCCUUCGAUUACUUCAGUCUGGCUUUUUCUUGGUCUGCAGUCCUUUACUGAUUCCAAGCUUGGCUAAGUCUAGAGUCUUGGCAGUUGUUCCGCGGUCUUGAGAACAUCUUUUACUAGUUUCCUUUCCAGAGUCUUUGAAAUGGUUCACCUCCUCGUCUACCGUGUUAUAUUUGUGCGUUGUGUGGUUCUCCUUGAGUUUCUCGAUCAUACUUCUUAUGCCAGUUUUGAAACCCAGUGAUAACUUUGUAUAGCCAUCUCCUGCUUUGUGAGCAUCAACCAUUCUUCUCCUCAAGUCUUUCUUUUCAUUUUGGUGUGAUGUUUGACGACUUGAGCCCUCGCUAAAGUCUGUGUAUAAGUCAGAAGAUGACUCUCAGUUUUAUAAGAAGUUAAAGCACAUCUUUGCAGAGCGGGGCUUUGUGCAGGGGCCCAAUAAAGUCAGUUUGUCAGGGGGAUAACUACAUUGAACUUUGAUUCUGCUUUUAUGUGCAAAUAGAAGUAAUAUGUGCUUUCUAAAGAAUUUAAAAAUGCUAUUUUGAAAAUCCAAUGCUCUGUCAAAAAAGACAAACUGAAAAUAUUUUUGUCCUCAUCUGUGUGUCUCUAUAAAAUGACAUUCUUUAUGUAAAUGUGUUGCCAACAACAGUCACAGACAGAUAUCUGAACAGUUAAAGCUGCACUCCACACCUCUGCAGAGUGAACAUUAAGGCUAACAAGCCAGAUGUUGAGUAUUGAAAGGAAGGGUGUCAAUGCAGAACAUCCCAUCCUGUGUUUAAUAUAUUUCUAAAAGUAGAUUCAAUUCAGUUCAGUUUUAUUUAUAUGGCUCCAAAUCACAACAACAGUUGCCUCAAGGUGCUUUAAAGUUUAAGUCGUCAAGUUUGCUUGCUACCAUUUUGCUAACAUCCUGUAUGAUAAAGGCAUGCAGUUUCCCUUCUGCCACAAACACACCAGAUGAGCCACUGCUUCUACAGCUAGUUUAACUUGAUCGAACCCAGAGGAUGAAAGUAACAGCCUGAGAGUUAGAUACUUGAUUAUUUAUUAUUUUGGAUGUAUGGCUUUAAUGCGUUCAUUAGAAAAACAUCUAUAAAAUCAAGUGUUUCAUGUUUCUGUCGUUGACAGAAGAAUGAGCUGCUACAUGUGAACAUGUCUGUCAUUCCUAAACACGAUGCGAUACUUUGGUUAAGACCUUUGAAUUAUAGCUGAAAAUCUAUAACUUGACUGUUUGAUUAAAAUCCACUUGAUUCACUGAAGUAAACAGAGGCAGCAUUACAAAAACUCUUGUCUAAUUCUGGGCCUACCUCUAUGCAGAAAUAGGAUUAUUAAUAAUAAAUGAUAAACUGUGAAGCUUUCAGAAUCUUAAGAAAAACUCAGCACAAAUUUGGUCUUGCUGGCUUGCACUACUUGAGCCCAGAGGAUGUAAACAUGUUCCAGUAAUACCGGCAUCAUUAACAGACUGGUUCUUAUAUAGUGCUUUUCCACUCGACUGGAGCACAACAUGCCUCAUUCACACCAGCUCUAAAAUUCAGUUCAGUCAUUUAUUGGAGAACAAAUUGGUUUUCAGUGUCAUGUCUAAGCAUACAACCUUCCAGUUGGUGCAUGACCUGACCUGAGAUACAGAGUCACACUUACACAUGGGGGAUCUAUUUUACUGGGUUAAAUCACUAGCAUCUUAGUGCAAACACAUAAACUGAUUAAGACCAGGUUAUGUUCAGAGUUAGGGUUUAAAAUCAGGAAAAGCAUGCAGUUAUUUUUAAAUUUUGAUUUAAGUGCUGUAUAGAUCGACUGCUGUAAGAAUAUAUUUAUAUAUGCAAACUGAUAAUCAGUACUCUCCUAAUCCCGACUGAAUGAAUCCCAGAUUUCCUGGCUUUACCCAAAAUGAAAAUGCAACCCAUGAAAUGAGGUGACACGUCCUGAAAUAAAAUCUGAAACAUGGUUUCUGCAACUGCUCAGUUAUGUGGCCACUCACACAUCAAAUCAACAAAUGCAUACGCAUGCUGGGGGCCGGUAGCAUCAGUUAUAGUUCUUUGUGAGCAUGUGUAGUGUGAGUACAGAUCCUGUCCUGGUUUGAUUCACUGUCUUGCCUCUGACGUUACCUCACAGAGACUGGAUAUACCCUUCAUACCAGGUGGAAGCAGCAGUUUCCAUCUAAUUAUUCUCUCUGAGACCAAAUAGUCGUAGUAUUUUCUCCUCGUCUUCAUUUGACUGCAAGUGUUUCACUUUCCUCCCACUGACAUUACCUUGAAGAUGUGGGAUUGAUGAUCAGACUGAAGCACUGGUUUGAGGCUUUUCUUUGUUUGUUUUUCUUUAUUGUUUUGGUUUGUUUGUUUUUUACUGUUGUUGGAGAAAAAUACUUCCUCAGCCAAUAGUGAGUAUUUGCUACUGAAGAUGCACAACCUGUACAUGUGAAAGAAUAGGCAGAAGGCAGAGUCUAUUUUUGCUUAAACGGCUCCUUAUUUUCAUACAGAAAUGCAAAGGACGAUUGUUUCACACGUGCAUAUGUGAAAUCUGAGACAUCUGCUGAAUCCAAACUCCAGAUAUUUGUAUCGAGCACUAUAUUUUGUAAUCAGAUGUAUUUUGGUGACAGUGUACAGAUAUGUGCAUGUAUUUUAUGCUCACUGUGUCCCACUUGUUUUACAGUUAUAGGCUACAGAACCAUGUUUUAGUACAACAGUCUUUUACAGGAAUUUUGCAUUUACUGCAAAAUAUAAAUUUGUAAAUAAAGAAUGUCGUUUUAUAAAA